CCAGAAACCCUACUCUCUCAAAAGACCAUUUUCCAUCUGAAAACGCGUUGUUCUCUUCAUUUCUGCAUCAGGAAAUGGCUACUCUGAAAGCCCUUAUUCCCUGUUUGGCUCUCCUGCUUUUUGUGUCCAUGAUCAGCUUUUCUGAAGCGAGAGAGUUUGAGGUUGGUGGCAAGAAGCCUUCCUGGGAACUCCCAUCUUCACCUGAUGCGUUCAACAAAUGGGCUCAGAGAAACCGAUUCCAAAUCGGUGACACUGUUGUUCUGACAUACGACGCGAAAAGUGAUUCCGUGCUGGAAGUGACUGAGAAGAACUACCAAACCUGCAAUGUAUCCAAUCCCAUCAGAUCCUACACCGACGGGAACACCAAAAUCACACUAGACAGAUCAGGCCCAUUUUUCUUCGUCAGUGGCGCUGAAGACCACUGCCAGAAAGGCCAAAAGCUGGAAAUCCUAGUUCUUUCGGCCAAACACCGCUCGCUGGGCCAUUCUCCGGCGCCUUCUCCUUCCGAGACCCAUCACCACCACCACCACCACCACGCCCCGGCACCAGCACCUUCCAACGCUGGUUCUGGGCUGAGGGUUGGACUUAUGAGCGGCGCUGCGGUGGUUGCUGUUUUGGCUUUGGUUUAGAAAGAUCGAUUGUAGCAAAAAGAUUUGCAUGAGUUUGUGUUUAUUGGUACUGGAAAUUGCUUUCUCAAUUCUUGACUAAA